CUAGCAGCUAACAGUCGGUUUAUUCAUUGUAGAGAUCCGGGAUGCUCCGACGCUACUAGAAAUGCCACAGAAGGGAAAGAAGUCAGGGAGCUGUCUUUGCACGACAAAACAGUUGUUUGGAUAAAAGUUUUUACCAUCAGAAAGGUUUAAGAGACGCUUCGCAAUGAGCUGGAUUAAAGAAUAAGUUGUUCCGCACCUCUCGGACGAGGAGGUUGUUCGGCUUUGACGCUCACAAGUUUAGACAGCUAGCCACCGUUAGCUGCUCUUAGCUUAGCCUGCUAAGUAAAUAGUACGGCUGUCUGUCGGAGGUAUCUACAUCUGCGUCAAGAUAACACCUGUGCAGCUAGUGGUCAUUUGUGUCAUCGUCUUGGUGAUCUAAUAUCGCUGUUUUCUCCUCCGAGAUGGAUGGAUUUUGGUACGUUACGCACAAAGCUAACUGGCUAUAGUUAGCAUGUUCGUGUGCUAGCUGACGUUAGCUAACGUUGCCGGGCCAGACAUCAACUUCGGCAGCAGAGUUUCGGGGAGCUAACACGACACUAUUGUCGCUAAUAAGCAACCUCUGCUGCUCACAGGAGUCAACCCGCAGUCAUGUUUGAAAUGGAGACACAUAUAUCGUGCCUUUUCCCGGAAAUUUUGGCCAUUAUUUUCAGUUACCUGGACGUUAAAGACAAAGGAAGAGUAGCCCAAGUGUGCGCGGCCUGGAGAGACGCGUCCUACCACAAGUCUGUGUGGAGGGGGGUGGAAGCCAAGCUCCAUCUGCGGAGAGCCAACCCGUCUCUGUUCCCCAGCCUGCAGACCAGGGGCAUCAAGAAGGUGCAGAUCCUCAGCCUGAGGCGAAGUCUGAGUUACGUGAUUCAGGGGAUGCCGCACAUCGAAAGCCUUAAUUUGUGUGGAUGUUUCAACCUCACAGACAAUGGUCUGGGACAUGCCUUUGUGCAAGACAUCCCAUCACUGCGGGUCCUGAACCUCAGCCUUUGUAAACAGAUCACUGACUCCAGCCUGGGCAGGAUCGCCCAGUACCUCAAAAACCUGGAGGUGCUUGAACUCGGGGGGUGCAGCAAUAUCACAAACACGGGCCUGUUGCUCAUUGCCUGGGGCUUGCACAGACUCAAGAGCCUUAACCUGCGCAGCUGCAGGCAUGUGUCGGAUGUGGGCAUCGGUCACCUGUCAGGUAUGACCCGCAGCGCUGCGGAGGGCUGCCUGUCCCUGGAGAAGCUAACCUUGCAGGACUGCCAGAAGCUGACUGACCUUUCUCUCAAACAUGUCUCAAAGGGCCUAAACAAGCUUAAAGUGCUCAACCUCAGCUUCUGUGGGGGGAUAUCGGAUGCAGGGAUGAUCCACCUGUCACACAUGACCCACCUGUGCAGCCUGAACCUGCGGUCGUGUGAUAACAUCAGCGACACUGGGAUAAUGCAUCUGGCUAUGGGCUCCCUCCGGCUGUCUGGACUUGAUGUCUCCUUCUGCGAUAAGAUUGGAGACCAGAGCCUGGCUUACAUCGCCCAGGGCUUGUACCAGCUCAAGUCCCUGUCUCUGUGCUCCUGUCACAUCAGCGACGACGGCAUCAACAGGAUGGUACGCCAGAUGCACGAACUCAAGACUCUCAACAUUGGACAGUGUGUGCGAAUCACAGACAAAGGGCUGGAGUUGAUAGCUGACCACUUGACCCAGCUGACAGGAAUCGAUCUGUACGGUUGUACUAAGAUCACCAAGAGGGGUCUGGAGAGGAUAACGCAGCUCCCGUGCCUUAAAGUAUUAAACCUGGGACUGUGGCAGAUGACCGAGAGCGAGAGAGUGAGGUGAAAGCUCUCCUACUUAGUGGACAUUUCAUUGUGUAUAGUGCUCAGUUGUGUACUGAGAGGGUUUGCCUGUAUCCGUUCUUAAUUCUACCUUCUAUACUGUGACUAAAAAGCAAGGAGAGGGGCUCAGCAUUGAUCACUGGAAUAUUGUUCACCUUCGCUGCAAUACUCCACUCUUACUCUGUUUCAGUCUCUAUUGUUAAAUCUCAGCCUGUGUACAGUUCUUACUGUCUAGCUACCUCACCCGUCAAACACAGGAGUGCCUACUGUCGCUGAAUACUAGUUUAGAUUGUAUAUUUUUGUGACUCACGUACCAAUGGAGAUUUUGAUACUUAAGAAAAAUCUCGUUGCAGAAUAAUAACUAGACAUUUUAACUCUUAACAGAAUGACUGGAGUUGGAUUGAAGUUUUCAUAGAAUGUUUUUGUGGUUGCUUUUGGGUUGUUGUUUUUUUCUGGCUGAUGUAUUUUUUUUACCCGUUUAACCAACAUUUUCUUUGUAUUGAAUGACUUGCAGACAAAAUUGUACUUCAAAUUGAAGUGAGCGGAUCACUCCUUUCUGUAUUUGUUUACUUAUGUAUAGUUGGCUAUGUUUCAUAUUCCUGAGGAAGUAAGUUAUGUAUCAGAUGUUCCAGUUUCUACUCUGUCAGCGGUUCAUCAACACAACUACAGUAAGGUGUAGUAAUUAACAGCUACCAAGGCUAUAUGCAAUACUUAAAACUCUUCGUCAGCGGGCUUUCCCCUGAGGAGCUUCCAACGAUAAAGUUGUCAGAGUAUUUGUUUAAAAGAAAGCAGUAAUUUAAGAGUUUUUUAUAUUCAUACAGUAGUGCUAUUUAUGAAUAAAGAUGGCGAAUAUGUUUCA